AUGGCUUCUCAAACAUCCAUAUACCAUUCCAUAUCUCUUAGCUUGCGAAAGAAAUUCUCCACUCGGUAUCUAUUCUCCACAAUCACAACACGCGGGGAGCAAGAACACUACCCCUCGAUCAAGCACGCCCCGCUUAUCAAGCUUGGCUUCAAAACUGAUGUAUAUAGCUGCAACAGAUUGAUAUAUGCAUAUUCCAAUGCCAGAGACAUCGUCUCAGCGACGAGAGUGUUUGAGGAAAUGCCCCAUAGGGACAUCAUUUCAUAUAAUACUAUCAUAUCAUGCUAUGUUCGGAAUGCGUGCUAUGAAGAAGCUAUCAAGCUUUUUAGAAGAAUGCAUGCCAUGGACAUGGGUUUGGAUCGGUUCACCAUGGCUGCAAUUCUCAAGGCAUGCAACCAUGCAUCAUUUUGUUUGGAUCAUGCACACCAAUUAUAUGCAGGUUCUUGGAAGAAUGGGUUACAUACCGAUGUCUCUCUAUGCAAUGCCAUGAUUAGCCUCUUCUCUCAGUUGGGCGCAUUAGAAGAAGCUCGGCGGGUCUUCAAUGAAAUGCCCGGACGAGACCUAGUCACCUGGAAUGCCAUUAUUGAUGGACAUUCUCAAUAUGAGUCAUGCAUCAAUGCCAUGGGAUAUUUUCAACUGAUGAAAAGGAAUGGAAUGAGACCAGAUGUGUACACAUUUGUCAGCGUCAUGUCCUCGCUUGAUGGAAUUGCAUCCAUGGAUUUUGGCAUCCAAGUUCAUGGCUGUAUAGAGAAAAGCCCUCUUUGUACUGAUACCUCCAUAGGGAAUUCGUUGAUUGGCUUCUAUACAAGGACUAAAGAAAUUGAUGAGGCCCGAAAGCUUUUCGAGCUUAUUCCAAGUAAAGAUAUGGUAUCUUGGAAUGCUCUUAUUGCAGGUUAUUCUCAAAAUGGGAUCUCUGAAGAGGCGUGGGAGUUGUUUUGUUGGUUGAGACGGGAGGCCAUGCAGCCCAACAGCUCAACCUAUACAAUGAUUCUCUGUUCUUGUGCAGUUUCACCAGAGAUGAGUGAGGGGAAUCAAGUGCAUGCGCUCUUAGAGAAAUCUGGUUUCGAUUAUGAUAUAUUUGUAGGAACUGCACUGAUUGACUUCUAUGCAAAGUGUGGAACAAUAGAAGAUGCAAGAGAAUGUUUUGAAAGAAUGCCCCAAGUUAAUUUAAUCUCGUUUAAUACCCUCAUUUCAGGAUAUUCUCAAAAUGGUCGAUGCAAAGAGGCAUUGGAUUUAUUCUCCAAAAUGCAAGAAUUAGGUACGAAGCCUGAUAGGUUUACUUUUUCUGGUCUUUUGAAUUGUUUCAUUGACCGAGACUUGCUCAAAGAAGGUGAGCAAGUGCACUGCCAAGUAAUUAAAUUGGAUAUUGAUUCAGAUGCUUGUGUUGCUGAUGCUCUGGUUAGCAUGUAUGCUAAUUUCCAGGAGAUGGAUAAUGCUCAAAAAGUUUUUGAUUCCAUGCUUUACCCUGAUAUUGUAUCAUGGAAUUCUAUGAUUUCUAAAUAUGUUUUAUUUGGUUACAUGGAAGACUCAUAUAGGCUGUUUGCGAGAAUGAGGCAGGUCCUGAGGGACUUUGAUGAGUUUACUCUCUCAAGCCUGCUUAAGGCAUCUUUAACGUUAGAGCAGGGAAGAAUGCUUCACGCUUUGGUUAUAGUCUCAGGUUUGGUACAGGAUGAGGUUGUUAUUUCUGAUUUGAUCCAUCUCUAUACACGAAACAAGUGCAUAGAAGAUGCUCUAAUGGUGUAUAACACGAUUUCUGACAGGAACGAGAUGGUUUGGAACUCAUUUCUAAUCAGCUCUGCUCAAAUCGGGGCCAGAGAGGAGUGUAUCAAAGUUUAUAGCCAAGGGCUUGUGCAAGAAAUGAGGCCCAGAGAAUUUGCUUUAGGAUGCAUCAUUAGGACAUGUGGUAGGUUACCAUCAGUUAAUGCAGGCAAACAGAUACAUACCCAUAUCAUCAAAUUUGGAAUCGAUAUCACAGGUUAUGCUGGAAUAGCUCUAAGAGACAUGUAUAGCUCUUGUGGAUGCAUGGACUCUGCCAAAAAGGUCCAUGAUGCCGCAUCCAACAAAGACAUCCAUGCAUGCACUGAAAUGAUGGUUGGAUAUGCUCGUCGUGGACUCUUUAGGGAAGCUUGGGCAAUUUACCCUCAGCUUGAGGAAGCAUUUGAACAAAUGGAUGAGCAAGCCAUCAAAGAUAUCCUUCGAGUUGCUGCAAGCGUAGCAUCAAUCAGUCUUGGAAAAAAGCUUCAUGGGUUUGUGUUAAGACAUGGGUAUGAGACAGACCAUCUUGUAACGAGCGGCCUAAUCAGCAUGUACUCAAAGUGUGGGUCAAUAAGAGAUGCAGCUGCCCUUUUUGAGCAUGCAUCAGACAUGAAUAUCGUCACAUGCAAUGCCAUGAUAGCUGGCUAUUCUAGGAAUGGUUGUUCUCAGCAAGCAAUAGAAUUGUUUGAGCAAAUGAAGAACAUAGGUGUUGAGCCAAACGACAUUUCUUUUGUAGGUGUUCUCUCAGCAUGCUGUCGAAGAGCCCUUUUCGAUCACGGAUUAAAGUACUUUGAUAGUAUGGUCAGGGUUCAUGGUAUUGUUCCCAGAGCAGUUCAUUAUGCAUGCAUGGUGGAUCUGUUGGCGAGGGCAAGGCACCUUGAUAUGGCAAGAAAUUUUAUAGAAAGAAUGCCUAUUGCUCCUGAUGAGUCAGUGUGGCGCACCAUGUUAGGUGCCAGUAGAAUGCAUGGUGACAUAAAUCUAGCAGAACAAGCAUCAAGAAAUCUACUAGAGCUUAACCCUAGAAGUUCUUCAACCUAUGUUCUACUAUCAAAUGUAUAUGCUUCAGCUGGAAGGUGGGAUGACGUUGCUAGAGUCAGAGGAGAGAUGAAAUCAAAGGGAAUAAGAAAGGAACCAGGGAGUAGUUCAAUAGAGUACAGAGGAGAGGUUCAUGUGUUCUUUUCAGAUGAUGGGGUUCACCCAUUGUUGGAUGAAAUACAUUUAAAAUUGGUGGAAGUUAUUGGCAUGGUGAGAGAGACCGGGUAUAUCCCUGACACAAGGUUUUCACUUCAGGAGCUAGACGAGGAUCAAAAAGAGCAUAGCCUGCUCCACCACAGUGAGAAAUUGGCACUAGCUUUUGGCCUUCUAAAAAUGCCCACAAGAACCCCAAUUCGAAUAAUAAAUAACCUCCGAGUUUGUGGAGAUUGCCAUACAGCAUUUAAAUGCAUCUCCAAGAUACUUAACCGAGAAGUGAUCUUGCGAGAUACAAGCCAAUUUCAUCAUUUCCAAUCUGGUUCUUGUUCUUGUGGAGACUAUUGGUGA